AGCUACACCACAUACAGCAUCGCUGAGAUCGUCCAGACAAAUACGCGACAAGGCCUUCAGAGCGCAGAACACCUACUUCACUCGUGUGCAACUUCCAUCGUGUCACAUAUGCCACCUCCACAAGUCGCCAAUCCUCCACCUCGUCGCCCAGUCGGUUCUCUCCGGCAUCGGGAAGGUAGGGUGCACAACGUACAAGCGCAGUCAACUGCAGCGUCCGCUCGUCGUCGCAAGUCGCGCUCACCCGAGGCGCGCGCCAAGCGGCCUGCAACCGUCGCGGGGUCAACCUUGCUGCCUUCCUCGUCAAACCUAGUGGUCGUGCGUUCGUCCUUGCAUGAAGAUGCCGCAGAGCGUAGUCGAAACAAGGCCAAGCCGAGGUCGCGGCCGCAGACGGUGUGGAUCGACGGCGAUGAUCCUGCCAUUGUGACGAACAUCGUGCAGAACUUAGACUCGUCGGGAAGCAUGCAGUCUGCCAGGUCGAAGCGGAAAGAGCGGUCGCGAUCGCGUGACGCGGCUCUGCGGCGUACUAGAAAGACGGCAACUCCAGACAUCUCGGGCGACGAGGAGGAGCCCACGUAUACGGGACCCUUGGCGCACGCCGACUAUCAGCGGAUGAAGCAGGAAGUCGAGAAUCUUCGGAAGCAAGUGGCAAUGUCAAAGAAGACGAUUCACAAGCAGAGCAAGGUCAUUGAUGAGCUUAGAACUGAGUUGACAACAACGAAUGAGUCGCAUCGCACCCAACGUACAGAAGUCGAUAAACUCAAACGUCAGUGCAAGAAAUCUGAAGAGCUUGUCGCGACUGUCGAGAGCAACCUGACGUGCCAGAUUUGCAUGGACCUCCUGCUUAAACCUUACGGCCUUUCACCAUGCGGCCAUAUACUUUGCAUGACGUGCCUUCUAGAGUGGUUCAAGACCGCCCCCGCUGGAGAGGACGACAUGCUCGAAGACGAUUUCCCGGGUGCUGUACUGUUUCGGAAGAAGACCUGCCCAUGCUGUCGUGCCACUGUGACUACGCGGCCGAUACCGCUUUACUUGGUCAAGUCCCUGGCAUCCGCGCUCGACAAAUCCAAGGCGCCCGCCGGUGCUGUGCGUGCGUCCCCUCCUCCCGACGAUGGUGAUCCUUGGGCCGGCAUCUUCCGCGACCCUACCGAGUUCGAGGGCUACUGGAGCACAGACGACGAUGACGAGGGCGAGGAAAUGGACGACGACGAUGAUGACGACGACCACGAAGACUACGACUACGAUGCCGAGGACGGCUACUGGUCGCUGGACGGGUACGGCACUGGCGAAGACGAAGAGGGGUACGACGGGCCGUACGUGCCCGCGCGCUGGACCCCGCCCUCCGCACACGUGUCCGCCGAGGACUACCCGUUCCUGGACGCGGACUCGGAGGAGUUCAAGAUGCUCCGCCGCGGCGCGACGCUGCAGAUGAUCGAGCUCUUCCAGAUGAACUAUGCGCAUGACACAGGUCUGACCGCGGUCGUUGAGGAAGACAACGUUGUGUACCUCGGGUGGAACAUCGAGCUGCACCCGGACGACGAGACGGGCGAGGAGUACAUGGACUGGGCGCUCGCGGACAUGUACGACCGGCCGGAGCGGUGGCGCAUGAUCCACGACAUGGACGGGUCGUGGGUCGCGCACAGGCUCGCGCCGCGCGAUGAGGCUGAGGAGCCGUACGACAACACGGACUCGGAGAUGUGGACUGCCGAGAGCGAGGAUGAGGAUAUGUGAACGUUGAUGGUAGCUGUACGGGGUCGUGUACGCUCUGACUAGGAAUAUUAUAUGUAAAUGCUGUAUUGUGUAGAUCGCACUGCUGUAUAUCUUGUGUGUUGCAAUAUUUAUACCCUAUCGCAAGC